AUGAAACCUCAUACAUCGCAGACUGUUCACCCAAUGAUAGAACUUGCUCUGCGUCCCGAAUCAGUGGGUUAUCAUGAUCGCCUGGAGGAACGUAUACGAGCACUGAAGGCAGAGGACUUAAAGGCACCACUUGAAGGUUCUUAUGAUCUCGUUCGACCAACUAAACCUAAUGCUGUUGCUCGAUCAUCACCACUUGGAAGAAAAGGCAAAGUCGUGGUCAGGAGAGUUCACCAGUUUUUCAAUGAGCUCAAAAGACUUCUUGGAAACUCCUGCCGAGGAACGAUUCUAGCGAGACCCGUAAAAAUGACGGCCCUGGCAUGUGGAGUUUCUACUGUGACAGUGAAAAGGAUCGGGGUUAAAGAGAAAUUUGUGCAUGAGCUCAUACCACGCACUGUGAGAGACCCAGCAGCGAGCGAAGAAGCCAUGCAGGAGGCAACAUUACGGAAGUAUGGAAUUGAAUGGGGUCCAAUUGUGAAGUGGUUUAUUAGAGAACAACUGAAAAAAGAGCAUAUGACUGUGUGCGCAUUGCAUGAAAAGCUGUGUGAAGCUUACGCCGAUUUUCCUAUGUCAGAAAGUACUUUGAGACGUUUUGUGAAGGCUUUAGGCGUCACAUAUGGUAGAAUCAAAGGUAUUCCGUAUAUGCUUGUAUAG